UUCUACUAGUUCUCGGAGCUCAGAAAGCGCGAUAAAAUGUCCAUAAACGAUGGAGUCGACGGAGAAAGCAGCCUACGACGGAGAACAUCUCCAGUUCCGAGUACAACCAGACUGAGAGUGAGACCCGACCCUUUCUUGAUCUGCUGCAGAUGCUUCAGCGUCCUCACAGCUCUCACCGCCAUUCUCUGCAUCGUCGUCAACGUCUUCUCAGCCAUUCAAUCUUUCACAGAUGGAUCUGAUGUUUUCGAUGGGAUAUUUCGGUGUUACGCCGUCGUGAUUGGCAUGAUUGUGGUGGUGGCCGAGACGGAAUGGGGAUUCGUUAUGAAGUUCUGGAAGAUAUUGGACUAUUGGGCUGGUAGGGGUAUGCUGCAAAUCUUCGUCGCGGUCAUGACAAGAGCUUUUCCUAACGAAUCUAGUACAAAAAAGGGGCUAGUUAUUCUACAGAACAUAGCAAGCUAUAUGCUCCUUGCUUGUGGUGGGAUCUAUUUUAUUUCGGGAAUCCUAUGCAUUGGCUUUCUCAAACGGGCUCGGCAGGAGACAGUAAUUUCAAGGGAGCAAGCAGUAAAGGAUCUUGAGGACUUGGAGCGGCGAAGGGAAGAACUCGAACAAUUGCUUAUUGAGGAAAGAGAUUAGAAAUAGAUUGUACUGUACGUAGUCAGAAAGUGACACGGGUGCAUCUUACUCAUGUUUACAUCUCUGAUUCUGUUUGUGAGUUGCAUUUGAAUUAGUAUAUUCUUUGUUUGUUUAGUUUGUGUGAAAGGCAUGUUGGGUGCCUCUUGAUUGUGUCCAGCAAGUAUUUGCCAAUGUAAUGUACCGAAGAAAAGAAAUGCUAGUCAUUUGUGAAGACAAGGGACUCGGUCCAUACGCAAUCCAUGAUUUUUAUUUUUUA